AUGCCUUCAACCACCAAACCCAAGGGAUUUUACUCGUCCGGCUUCUGGACAGAGUAUCUCACAACACAGCGAAACAAAUUGCCUGAGCUGUCCGAAGUUGAUGAUGAUAUAUCUGAUUGUAUCGUGCGAUUUCUCGGCGGUAAUCCAGGAGACAUGCAGCUUCAGGGAACCAACACCUAUCUCGUUGGUACUGGAAAUACUAGAAUACUCAUUGACACUGGAGAGGGACUUCCUCAAUGGGCCGUGAAUUUGACCAGAUACCUCGAGGAUCAUGACAUAUCAAUUUCUCAUGUUCUUCUAACGCACUGGCAUGGUGAUCAUACCGGAGGUGUUGCGGAUCUUCUUGCCCAUGAUCCUACCAUAGUGGUCUACAAGAACCAGCCGAAUAAAGGUCAACAGGCCAUCAAAAAUGGUCAGAUCUUCCAAACUGAGGGCGCGACUCUACGAGCAGUGUUGACGCCUGGACAUACCACUGAUCACACUUGCUUCGUACUGGAAGAAGAAAAUGCAUUGUUUACGGGAGACAACGUAUUAGGCCACGGUUACAGUGUAGCUGAGUGCCUGGGAGACUACACGACCAGUCUUCGCUUCAUGGCAGGCUUGAGAUGCUCUGUUGGCUAUCCUGGCCAUGGAACAGUGAUACGUGACCUACCGCGUAAAAUGGCAACUUAUAUCACGCAGAGGGACUCUAGAGAGCAACAGGUCUACGCAGCAUUAAUUCAGCAGGCCUCGUCUAGUGGCCAAGACAGUGGUAGAAGUAACAGUAGUAGUAGUGGAAGCGACUCUGGUAGUGGCGAUGAUGAAGAUGACAGUGAGAUGGGCCUAUCGACAUCUGACAUAGGUCUCCGUUUAUACGGAGAAGUCUCUAAGGACGCUGCAACAUUUGAAUCAGCUCUAAAGCCUCUUUUGAACCAGGUGCUGUUCAUGUUGGCAGAGAGCGGCAAAGUUAGCUCAAAGUUAGUAGGACCAGAUAAGACUCGACACUGGUUUGCAAAGGGUGUAACCUAUUAG